CUGUACAGAAUACAAAAAUGUAAUGUUGCCUAGUUGGCUUAGCUAAGUCUUUUCGGGUCACGUGUUGAGGAAAAUCAGGCCAACCAACGUGCGAGCUGGGGCCUAGUGUAAUAUGCUGCUUGAUUAUCAAAACCAAAAUAAUGGAAGAAAAAGAACAAGAACAGAGAACAUGUCAAAAAGUAAAGUCAGCUGGCCUAUAUGCUUGCCGCUUUUCUUGGCAUUGAAUUGGUUGACCUAAAAAUCUUCGUCAAGGAAACUUAUAUCUUAAGCCAUUUGAUUGAUGAACUAGCAAGCUUAAUCCAUUAUUUCUCAACUAAAUUUCUUCAUUGGAAUUCAUUUGCUGCUGUGACAAUGGCUGAAGCUUUAUUUAGUGUCGUGUUUGAGAAUCUGAACUCUUUGAUCAAGAAAGAAUUUGGAUUGCUUUGGGGUGUCAACAAAGAGAUGGAGAACCUGUCUAGCAUCCUCUCAACCAUCUGUGCUGUGCUUCAAGAUGCUGAGGAGAGGCAGAUGGGGGACAGGGCAAUCAAGAACUGGCUGCAGAAACUUAAAGAUGUUGCGGAUGAGUUGGAUGACAUACUGUAUGAGUGCUCAAUGGAGGCAUCCCAACUGGAGCACAAAGGGCAGAGGCUCGGAUCAACCCAAAAGGUAACAGCUUCGUUUUUAUCCUGUCUGAACCCAAAAAACACUCUGUCACGUUAUAGAAUUGCAAAAAAGAUGAAACAUGUUUCAGAUAAAUUGGAUAAACUUUCAAAAGAGCGUAUGAAUUUUCACUUGCGUGAGGUUGUUGAAGAUCGAAGAUACGUCCAAGUGAGUAACAAACAAGAAACUGACUCCUUUGUUGAUAAGAAACAUGUGUAUGGAAGAGAAAUAGAUAAAGAUAAGAUAGUGGAGUUUUUGGUAGAUAAUUCGAGAAAUUCCAAUGAUCUCUUAAUCUAUCCUAUUGUGGGCAUGGGUGGCAUGGGAAAAACUACCCUUGCUAAAAUAGUUUUCAACGAUGAAAGGGUUAGUGAGCAUUUUGAGACUAAACUAUGGGUAUGUGUUUCAGAGGACUUUGAUGUGAAGAGAUUGAUAAAAGCUAUAAUAGAAUCUGCCACAGAGAAGGUUUGUGAAGCUUUGGACAUGGAUCCCCUAAAGAGACGCCUCCACAACAUUUUGGAAAGGAAGAAGUUUUUCCUUGUUUUGGAUGAUGUGUGGAAUGAACAUCAAGACCACUGGGAAAGUUUGAAAAAUGUACUUGCUUGUGGAAUAAAUGGUUCUUCGAUUCUGGUUACAACUCGUCUCCAAAACGUUGCAAGAAUUAUGGGAACAAUACCAAUGCAUGAGUUGUUUGGUUUACCAGAAGAUGAUUGCUGGUCAGUGUUUAAGCAUCGUGCAUUUGGUAACGAUAGUGAAGAGCGUCCAAGCCUUGUAAAAAUUGGGAAGGAGAUCGUGAGGAAGUGCAAGGGAAAUCCGCUAGCAACAAAGACUUUAGGAAGCUUAUUGCGGUUCGAAAGUGAGGAAAAGGAAUGGGUUUCUAUUAAGGAAAGUGAACUUUGGAACCUUCCACAAGAUGAAACUUCCAUCCUGCCAGCUUUGAAAUUGAGCUACCUUCAUCUACCAAUUGAAUUACGACGAUGUUUUGCAUUUUGUGCCAUGUUUCCUAAGGAUUAUCUUAUAGUUAAGGAAACAUUACUUCAUCUGUGGAUAGCUAAUGACCUUAUAUCUUCCAGAGGAAAUAUGGAGGAGGAAGAGAUUGGGAAUAAGAUAUGCAAGGAAUUAUAUUCGCGAUCAUUCUUUCAAGAUGCUAACGACGAAGGAUUGAGCUGUUUCAAGAUGCAUGAUCUAUUGCAUGAUCUGGCUCAAAGUAUCAUGGAGGAUGAAUGUCGUGUUAUAGAGAAUGAUCGCCCAGUUAAUUUGUCAAGAGUCCGUCACUUGACAUUGAGUUACUCUGACCCACCAUUCGACAUUCUUUCUGCUUUAUGCAAAGCGGAAUCCUUGCGUACUUUAAAGUUGUUGAGUUCUGUCAAAGAGAUCGGAGCGCGCAAGUUUCCUCAUGGCUUGCAUUUUCGUUCUUUACGAGCUUUUGAUGCUGGAUGGACUAAGUUGACAAGCAUAGAGUUACCAUCUUUAUCUUCUCUAAUCGUUAGUUAGAAACAUUUAAGGUAUUUGAAUCUUUUGGGAACUAAGAUCAGAUUCCUUCCCGAGUCAACUUGUUCCUUGCAAAGCUUACAGACUUUGGAUGUAACGGGUUGUCAUAAACUUAAAAAGCUACCAAAGCAUAUGAGUCGCAUAAGGAGUCUUCGUCAUCUUUAUAUUGAAGGUUGUUUGUUAAAUCACAUGCCUCCUAGCAUUGGGAAGCUAAGUUACUUAAGAAGUUUAAGCUUUUUUAUUGUGGAUAGAAGAAGAGGACGUGAUAUAGAUGAAUUGGGAAGCUUAUUAAACCUUGGAGGUAGCCUGAGAAUCGAACACCUUGAGAAAGUAAAGAGUCCAACGGAAGCUAAAAAAGCCAAUUUAGCUGGAAAAAUGAAUCUCAAAAGGCUAACUUUAGAAUGGGGCUUAAAUAUUGAUUCCACAGAGUCUUAUAAGGAGAAGACGGCUCAAGUGUUGGAAGCCCUUGAACCUCCCCCAGGUUUAGAAUUUUUGAGAAUUGAUAAUUUUAGAGGUAUGCGUUUCCCUCGUUGGUUUAGUAAUAAUGGUGCAAUAUUUCAAAAUUUGGACAGCAUUGAAUUCUUUGAUUGCAAAAACUGUUCGGAACUGCCUACAGGCAUGGGGAAACUUCCAUCUCUGACAUGUCUUGGAAUGUACAGAAUGGAUUGUCUGCGGUAUGUAGAUAAUGAAUCUGAAUCCUUUGGUACUGGAGAGCUAGAGGGAGCUGGUUACUUGCAAUUGCAAAAGCUGCGCAUUUCUUGUUUACCAAGCUUAGAAAGGUUGUCGAGAUCGAGAAUGGAAAGAAGGGACAUUUUUCCACGCCUGUCUUCUUUGAACAUUGAAGGAUGCCCCAAAUUGACCUCCUUACAUUGUCUUCAGUCAAUCCGGGAGUUAAGUAUAAAAGGAUGCAGCGAGACAGCGUUAGAAUCAGUUUCAAAUCUCCAUACUCUAACAUCACUUGAAAUAUGGAAUAAUGAUGAUUUGGCUUCCUUUCCCGAUGGGUUCCUACAUAAUCUCACCGCUCUCAAAUCACUUAAGAUUUCAGGAUUCACAAAGCUUCAAUAUUUGCAAUCUGACAUGUUUGUUGGCCGAACCGCUUUGGAAAUAUUAUCUAUCUCUUCUUGCUAUACGCUUGAGUGCUUUUCUACGGGAAUAUUUCAAGGCUUAAUUAGCCUUAAAGAGAUACGCAUUGAGAACUGUAGAAAGUUGAAAAGUUUGUCAGAUAGUUUUGGAGACCUUUCUGCCCUUGAAUCAAUGGAAAUGAGACUUUGUGAAGAGUUGGAGACUUUCCCAAAUGGUCUUAACAAUCUUUCUUCCCUCCAACAUCUGAUCCUGAAAGGUUCUUGGAUGGCAGAUUUGCCUGAGAACUUACAGCAUCUCCCUGCUCUCAAACAUAUGCUAAUUUCUGGGUUUCCAUAUCUUGAAAAGUUGCCCGACUGGCUUGGAGACUUGACAUCUCUUUCUUCAUUAUAUAUUAUGUUUUGUCCCAACUUGGAAUAUCUACCCACAAGUAUCCAACGCCUAACCAACUUACAAAGCUUGGAUAUUACAAAUUGCUUUAAAUUAGUGGAACGAUGUAAAAAGGGAAUCGGAGAAGACUGGCACAAGAUAGCCCAUGUUCCACGUAUCAACGUACGUUGAAGCAUGGCUUGCUAGCUAGCGACCAACCCACAUAUAACGAGACACUGCAAAUUUUUUGUUCAAAAGGAAAUAAAAUAGUGGAUAUGUCAAUCACAAUAACUCUGCUCCAAACUAUGAUCUGCCACCAGUUACUUCAGCAGCCCCUGCAAAGAUUCUCUAACGAAAUUUUCCAUUUCAUACUAAUUACCACGAAUGAUAAUGUUUCGUAACCUGUUUAUUGCAAGAGUAUCUGCAGGAAAACUCAUAAUACAGCUCCUCGUGCCCACUGGCGUUCAUGAAUUCGCGUUUCAGAAGGCAGAAGAUGUGGUGCUUCCAUGGUGGGUGACGAAGUUGGUGAAGUGGUUUAGAAAUUUCAGGUUUGGUUUUGCAGUUCCUGAGCAGAAGGUCGCAGUGCUGGAUCAGCCAUAAUGAAGAAAGUUAGCAGAAAUUUCAUGAUAUGGAUUUGUAUUGUAAAUGCUUUUGAGCAUUUGUAUUAAGUUAUAUGUUUACCAUUUGCUUAUUUCUUCUAGCCUGAAAGUAUUGAGACUCUAAGGCGUGUCUACAAUUAAUUAGACCAAUUUGCUAUUUGUGGUUUCACCUUCUCUUUUUAUUAAAAAUUAAAACAACUUGCAAAUAGAUACAAACUUUUGUUUGGAGACUGAUGUGUCAAGUUUAUAUAUACGUUAUCUUGUUUCUA